AUGUCGACAUCCAUAAGUAUGAAUUCCGGCAUAGGUGAGCGCUGGAGUCAUUCGCCAUUUGCUACCCACAGUCAUCCAACACUAAUUAAAGUUGAUGAAACAAGUGCAACAGGAAAUAUUGACCCCAAUUUUCAAAUGAAUAACACCACAUCUAGAAACAACCAGAAUAAUGAGCAGUUUAGUGUUGGUCUGUUUCUAACUGACUCAUGGGCAAGUAGUGGUCAACCUCUGCUAUCAAGUGAUCGAGAUAGUUCACUUAGCCACUUAAUGCUAUCUAAUUUUGGUUACACAAGUAGCGAAAGUAGAAGCAGCAUGCUAGUUAGCCCACCAAGUCAAAAUAUUCAAACUUCGCCUGGAGGUUCAUUACAUCCAAUCGAAUCCAGAAAUUUGCAACAUCCUUCUGCUAGUGAACCAGUAGCGAAUAUUCAAAGAACAGGAAAUGAUGCUAGAAACAACUUCCCAAUAAAUACGUCAUUUGAAGCUGCAGCAGGAUAUGUGUGGCCCCAUUGGCCUGAUGCCAUUCCUAAUCCAGAAGAAAACAAUUUGGAUCAAGCAAACCCUAGCGAAACUUCCUAUAUUCUUGCUACGAUCGAUACGGACUCAGAAAAUAACCUUCCUUUUCUCAACCGUCAACUCUGGCUUCGACGCAAUGCUCGUCAAAGACGCUAUUAUCUCAGACAACUGCAACUUCAUAGAAGUGUGGCAGAUUCGAGCUUAGCAGAACAAGCUGGUGAAGAUGCUAUAGAUGAAAAUUCCAGCUGGCCAGAACACUCAGGGUCAAAUCAUGAUAAUUCAAAUGCCCCGCAAGAAGAUAGUGAUACAGACCAAGGUUCAACUGAUCGGUACUGGCCCGAUCCAACAUGUCCCUUACAAAAUGCAUAACUCUAUCUCAGUAUUGUAUAAUUUUUAUUAUUAUAGACGUUAUUUCACGCAAAUUUUAUAACCUUAUUUUCAAUACAUAAUUCCUCAAAUUAUUUGAUGAUCUCAUUUCGUCCAAAAAAAUAACAUUAAAUGAUACUGAGAAAGCUGUAAAU